UCCAACAAUCACCAUUAUCUGUUCCCCAGUUUGACGGUACGGGACGAAUCUGUAAUGGUGACGAGUGUUUCCUUCGCUCAUUGUUGAAGGUUUCUUCUUGCUCCGCACCUACCGUCAUUGGGUGACAGCACUCCAGCCUUUCAGGUACUCAGCGGUAGGAGGAGGCUUUAUAAGCGGAGCAGCCUUGUGUUUGCAGCUUAUGGAGUGCUGUUUGUGUAAACACUGAGCGCAGCGCACACGGUGUUUGGACAGCGCGUAAAGUGGACAGGAUCUGCUGCGGUUUUCUUUUCCUUCCUAUUUGGAUAAACAUACUUGUUAACGCAAAGCAAACCCCGGGAUUGCACGCACGGACGCGAUGGCAACACCGACCAAGUUCAGUUUUUCCGUCAGGAGCAUCCUGGAUUUGCCUGAGCGGGAUGCGGAGGCUGCGCCGCGGUCCUCCCCGCUUUACUCCUCCUGCUCCUCCAGCUCUCCGUUCAGCUCCUGGAUGGAGUGCGACCAGAGCCCCUGCAUAUCCUCUGAUGAAGGCAGUCUCGAGGCCUCCCCCGACUCGACCAAGCCGGAUGACUCGUCCCAGGACUCGGAGCCCGACAAGAGCAAGAAGAGCAAGAAGCGCCGAGUGCUGUUCUCCAAGGCCCAGACCCUGGAGCUGGAGCGGCGCUUCCGUCAGCAGCGCUACCUUUCCGGCCCGGAGAGAGAGCAGCUGGCCCGGCUCCUCAGCCUGACCCCGACCCAGGUGAAGAUCUGGUUCCAGAACCACCGCUACAAGAUGAAGCGAGGCCGGGCGGAGGGAGCGCUGCAGGACGUGGAGAUACCGCAGCCUCCGCUGCUGCGCCGGGUCGUCGUUCCCAUCCUGGUCCGGGACGGGAAACCUUUUCACACCUGCUUACUUGACACGGAGAAACCUGGCUGUUUGCCUCCAUCACAGGCCUUUCCUUUAGCCUACCCGUCUCUGCAGCAUCCGUCCCACGUCGCGCUCCCUCCGAGGUACCACCAGCACUUUCCCACCGCGGCGGCCUCCAGAUUCGCGUGGAGAGACUUUUGGAGCGACUCGGUCCACUUUAACUCUUUCAAGUGAACAAGUGAAGGCCUCAUGUCACAUCUCAAUGCACAAACUCAUUUAGAAUUGCAUCAAAUGUUUUCUGAAUGUUUUGCAAAAUUUUCGAGCAACUUAAACAUUUAGAUUUUCUCUAUAGAACAAAUUUAUAUUUUGCACAUUUUAUUUUGAUAUUUUUACUAUUUUUUUAAAAUGCUGAUAAUAUUUUCUCAUACAUGGGCUUACUGGUGUAGCCUGUAGAGUUUUAAUUAUCCGGUGAGAUAAUGUAUUUGUAUGUGAAGCUGUUAAUAUUCGUAUGAAGACAGAUGAGGUGCAGUAGGCUGUAGGCGGUGUUAGAAUAGCAGCAAAGCCACUAUUAGCCUGAAUGUUUGAAGGAAAAUAUAAUGUUAUUUGUUGUCUUUAAGGAGACUUUCUUUAACUGUAUAAACUUGUUUCUUUUGUGAACGAAAUAAUUAA